AUGCAACGCCAUUUAGCUACUUACCAUAGCCCUUCAUCUCCUGUCAGUGACCGUGCCUUGACAAACAGAGAACGCGCGUUCCUUCAACCCAUGAUUCGCGUAGACCAAGCAGGCGAAGUAGGCGCUUAUUAUAUCUACAAGGGACAAAUUGCCGUACUUGGUCAAGACAAGAAACUUCGCCCAAUUCUUCAAGAGAUGUGGGAUCAAGAGAAAGUACAUUUAGCUCGAUUCGAUCAGUUGGUAGGUCAACAUCGCGUUCGACCUAGUUUAUUAAGGCCUGUAUGGGAAGUUGCUGGAUACGCCGUUGGGUAUUUGACAGCUAGUAUCGGAAAGGAAGCAGCCAUGGCCUGCACAGAAGCUGUAGAGACGGUGAUUGGAAAUCAUUAUGAUGAUCAGUUAAGGGAGCUCGUUGCCAUGGAAAAUCCUAACAAGGAAUUGGUGGAACUUAGCAAGACUGUUGCUCAGUUCAGAGACGAAGAAUUGGAACAUCAUGAUAUCGCUGUGGCUCACGAUGCACAACAAGCGCCUUUACACGGAGUUUUAAAGGCUGUGAUAAUGCAAGGCUGUAAAACCGCUAUUUGGGUUGCCUCACGCGUUUAA